GCAAGAAGAAUGAUUGGGUGGGUCAUAGGUGGGUGGAUAGAAUGGCACAACCAAACAAAUUAAAGCAAGUGGGAAAGCCAUAAAAGGAAUUACAAGUAAAGAAAAAUAAUUAACAGAAAUUAUUACCAUGGAUGCUCAUUGCUGGGCGGCUCCACUGUCCCAUUCUUCCUCCCUUCCUCAUUCUCCAGCAAUUACGGGAAUAGUACGUUCCUGCAGCAGUACAAGUACUCUCCAUCUUCUUCCCCCGUGGAAGAAGGCGGUCGCGUCGUCACCCAUCCACCGCCGCAUCCUCCCGAUCUGCAGUACUGUAGGGAGCAGAAAGCCUCGUCUUCCAAUUAGCCGUGCCCGGCCCGCUGCCGCUCCGACUAGAAUCCGUGCCGUUGUCGGUGAAGCCGCUGCUGAUUUUUCGUCGGCCCCCGUUGAGAUCACCUGGCAGAUCGCCGUCGGAGCUGUAGCUGGAAUUACGCCCUUCCUUGUUGCAGGAAUCGAGUUCAGCAAAAGGAUUGUUGCGCAAAGAAGAUGUGAAGUUUGCAAAGGCUCCGGUCUUGUACUAAAAGAUACUUAUUACGUUCGCUGCCCUGGCUGUGGUGGCUUUCUGCCAUGGCAGUCGUGGAAAAGAUUCUUUACUGGUUAGAAAUUAACUAAGAAGUCUGUGGGCUGUUUUAUUUGUCCUACUAAAUUCGAACAAUAUGUAAUAGCAUGAAACUAGACAGAACCCAAGAGAAAGUAUAAGAAAUAUUUGAGGAAGUUUCAUAAAUUAAGUCACAGACAAUCAUUUAUAAAGCUAAUGAAGAGAAUUUUGAUGUAGACAUUA